CAUAGCCUCCAUCAUCGAGUUCGCCCACAUCCACCCCCCUAAAAAAAAAAGUCUUCGUCCAACCUCCACAGGAACUGACGUCUCCGCCGUGCAAAGUGGAUGGAAAAAAAAAUGCAGCUGCGGGACAAAAAUGGCUCCAAACACCGCAUCGCUAAAAGGUGUAUGAGGCUGUGUUUUGCAGUCCUGAUGUAACAACUCAUCAUGCUCAUGGCCUCUUCCAGUUGACGCUAUGGCCCAGAUAUCGAGAGGUAAUGGGUUUAAGAUGGAUGUCCCCCAAUCAAAGGGGCUUGUGGGAAAAGAGGAAGCCCUCCGAAUGGAAGAAGAGGCUUUAGCAAAGCUACAGAGGGAUAAGAAGCAAACUUUUUCCUCAUCUCAUAAUGUGGCGUCCUCCCCCAAGUCACACAAGGCCAAGGCCACCAACAUUGCUUCUGCUUCUGUUGUGCCCCAAUGUUUACCAGCCUCUAAGAGACCAGAAAAGGACCUCAUUGUGUUCCCCGAGACCAAGAAGCAGCCAGAAGCCAACAAGUUAAGGGACAUUGAUGUGGACAAACUGACCAAUGAGGAGCUGGAGAAGCUCCUGCUGGAUGAAAACUUUGGGGCCAACAGUAAAGUGUCCCGCCCGUCGUCACUGCUGGGGUUUAAUCUCAGCGCUUCCUACCCCGGCGGCCAUACGUGUAGCUCAUCCCCUUUCCAAGGUUCCCAAUGGACACCUAUCCUGUCCACUCCAUCAAACUCCACAGGGUCCACGCCCACCCAUCAGCCGGCACCUCUGUUCCCUUCCGCUCCAUUCACCAAGCCAGGGGCAUUUCAGAAUGGUUUCACUCCGACCAUGUCGCCCUUCAUGCCCCUGGCUGCCCAGCAGACCUCUUUCUUGCCCUUCACUUCCAUACAACCUGCCGCUACAGCCGCCACCAUGGUCUUCCCCCCGCCGCCUGCCGUGGAUCCAGAAAUGGCAAAGCUAUUUGAUAAGAUUGCCAGCACCUCAGAAUACUUGAAGAAUGGCAAGUCGGGCUGCACUGACCUAGAUUCCGCUCUGGGGUGCUCUGGCUCCCUGGCACCCAACCCGGCGGCCCAGCAGCCAGCAGCAACGGAAUCCCCGUGCAUCAGCCGCUUCGACUGGCUGGAUCUGGACCCACUGACCAAGCGCAAAGCCGACAACGAGGAAGUGGGCACGUCGCCGGGGGAUGAUCCAGACGUGGCUCAGGGGUUGUCUGCAGGGGACCCUUGGGAUGCAGUGCUUGAGACGGAAGGGAAACGCAGUAGCAGAAGUCCCCCGCUAGAGGGGAAGGCAUCUGGGUCUGCCCGGUCCCAACCGAGGAGGGCUUCGACAGGGGCUGCUGUUACAAGGAGCCACUCGCUCAACAUCCCAGGAACUUUCUCGCCGCACAAAGCCAACAGUCAGGACAAGGGGAAAGGAAAAGGUCUCGUGAAGAAUGACGCCCUAGAACAGGAAGACUCUCAGAACCUGGAGGUGGUGGCUUUCUGCAAAGACAUUGCAAGCCUUCGCUCCAAAUAUCCUCACGGCGACACGGCCACAAACCCUGGCUACAUCCGCAGCCCGGUCAUCGCCCAGAGGGAUGCCGGAGGGGACACCAGCUGCUCUGUGAAGGUGUCUAUUGAGAUCUCCGACUCUCAGCAACCCGUGACCUUUACCUGUGAUGUGAAUUCUCCAGUGGAGCUCCUGAUCAGUCAGACCCUCUGCUGGGUCCACGACGACCUGGAUCAGGUGGACUUCUCCAGCUACCUGCUCAAAGUGUGCGGCCGAGAGGAAGUGCUGCAGAAUAAACACAGCCUGGGCAGCCAUGAGUACGUCCAAAACUGCAGGAAGUGGGAGAAUGAGAUCACAUUACAGCUUCUCUCUCACUCCACCAUGAGACGGGACUUGGCUCGCACUGUGGAUGAUGACAAUGCGUGCAUAAAUCUGGAGAAACAUCUCAGCUAUAUAGAGCGACCGUUUAAAGAGACUGUCACAAGACAAGGCUUGAUUGACUACCUGGAAGGUUAUCACAACCAAGUCAACAUCUGUCUACAAAAUGAGAGUACCCAGUACAAGACUGUGGACCGGGUGGUGCAGACCGUGAAAAACUUCUGCUGUGCUCUGGAUGAGGUGGAGACCCAGGCUAUCGCUGAGGCCGUCAAAAGGGUGCGACACUCUGUCAACCUGCCCAGGACACGCUCACCCAAGUUGGGGUCCACGUCACCUGGGCAGGCAGCAAAUGGCCACGGCAGCCCAGUGGACGAGAGCAUGGCGAUGCUCACCCAGGCUGUCUACAGCUUGGCCAAGCUCUACCUUCGCUCUUUUUGCACCCCGUCCACUUCCGUAAGCUUGGCCUCGCUCAACGGAGAAACGGCGGCAAAUCGGCGAAGCAGCAAAGAAGCCUCCGGAACCACGGACCACCUCCAGUUCACCCUCUACGCUCUUCACGGCAUUCCAGCCCACUGGGUCAGCAGUUACGAGAAAUACUUCUUGGUGUGUUCUCUCACCCACAAUGGCAAAAACCUCUUCAAGCCGGUGCAGUCCAAGAGAGUGGGCACAUACAAGAGCUACUUCUACCACAUCAAAUGGGACGAGCUGAUCAACUUCCCCAUUGCGGUGGCAGUGCUUCCGCUGGAGUCCAUCCUGGGUCUGACUCUGUUUGGCGUACUCAACCAGAAUGCCGGAGGCUCCCCGGACUCCAACAAACAGAGGAAGGGCCCGGAGAUGCUGGGCAAAGUUUCGAUGCCACUAUUUGAUUUUAGAAGAGUUCUUGCCAGAGGUACAAGGCUGUUGUGUUUGUGGUCAUCAGUACAGGGUGGUGCUGCUGGCUCUGCAGGGGGACGCAAAAAGAUACUUGCAGAGAGAAUUGUGCUGCAGGUGGAUUUUCCCAACUCUGCACUGGAUGUUUUGUAUGUGGGACCUCAGGAGGCUCCCAGUCCUGAGCCCAACCCAACGGAGGAGCUUGACCCUGACCUCCGACGUAAACUAGAGAAAAUCUGCAGCCGAGCAUCCAAUUUUGGUCUUAAGCGGGCUGACCACCAACUCCUCUGGGACUACCAGCUCCACUGCCGCAGGGAUCACCCCAGCAGCCUGCCCAAGGUGCUGGCCAGUGCGCCCAGCUGGGACUGGGCCAGCAUGGCUCACAUCCACUCUGUGCUUCACCACUGGCCCCCGCUGCCACCUGUCACCGCGCUGGAAUUGCUCGACUCUAAGUUUGCAGACACCGAGGUGAGGCGGGUGGCGGUGAGCUGGGUUGAAGGGAGCACUGAUGACGAGCUGGCUGACUACCUACCGCAGUUGGUGCAGGCUAUAAAGUUCGAGUGUCACCUCAAGAGUGCCCUCGUAAUGCUGCUACUUUCCAGGGCACUCGGCAACAUCAACAUUGCGCACUACCUCUAUUGGCUGCUGAAGGAUGCUGUGCAGGAUGCAGGAUGGGGGCGACGUUAUGAGCGUGUACUCGGUGCCCUAUUGUGCCUGUGCGGGACCGAACUGCGGGCCGAGCUGGAGAAACAAACUCAGUUGGUCACGUUGCUCGGAGCUGUGGCCGAGAGGGUGAGACAAGCUGGAGGGUCCACGAGACAGGUGGCUCUUCUGGAGGGCCUUGAAAGCGUUCAGAACUUUUUCCAGAGAAGUUACUGCCGACUUCCCCUCUUCCCGAGUCUGGUGGCCAAGGAGCUCAACAUCAAAGCCUGCUCCUUCUUCAACUCUAACGCUCUCCCUCUCAAGCUGGCCUUGGUCAAUGCAGACCCGCUAGGAGAGGAGAUCAAUGUUAUGUUCAAGGUCGGAGAAGAUCUGAGGCAGGACAUGUUGGCGCUGCAAAUGAUCCGCAUUAUGGACCGCAUAUGGCUGCAAGAGGGCCUGGACCUUCGCAUUGUUAACUUCAAAUGCAUCUCCACGGGCAAGGACAAAGGCAUGGUGGAGCUUGUGCCAUCCUCUGAGACCCUAAGAAAAAUCCAGGUGGAGUACGGUGUCACUGGCUCCUUUAAGGACAAACCGCUGGCUGAGUGGCUGCGCAAGUACAACCCUGCCGAAGACGAGUACGAGAAGGCGUCUGAAAACUUCAUCUACUCAUGCGCAGGCUGCUGCGUAGCCACCUACGUGCUGGGCAUCUGCGACCGGCACAACGACAACAUCAUGCUGCGCUCCACCGGCCAUAUGUUCCACAUCGACUUCGGCAAGUUCCUUGGCCACGCUCAGAUGUUUGGCAGCUUCAAAAGGGACCGAGCCCCGUUCGUCCUGACCUCCGAUAUGGCAUACGUCAUUAACGGCGGCGAGCGUCCCACGAGUCGCUUCCAGCUGUUUGUCGACCUCUGCUGCCAGGCCUACAACCUCAUCCGCAAGCACUCUGGACUUUUCCUCAACCUGCUGUCACUGAUGACAUCAUCGGGGCUUCCAGAGCUAACCGGUUCUCAAGACCUAAAGUACGUUUAUGAUGCGCUGCAGCCGCACAACACUGACGCAGAGGCCACCAUCUUCUUUACCAGGCUGAUCGAGUCCAGCCUGGGCAGCGUGGCCACCAAGUUCAACUUCUUCAUUCAUAACCUGGCCCAGCUCCGUUUCUCGGGUCUGCCGGCUAACGACGAGCCCAUCCUGUCCUUCUCACCCAAGACAUACACCAUGAAACAAGAGGGCCGCAUCCUCCACGCCGACAUCUUCUCCUUCCAGAAGAGAUACAACCCAGACAAGCACUACACUUACGUGGUGCGGCUGCUCAGGGAAGGCCAGAACGAUCCCCAGUUUGUCUUCCGCACUUUUGAUGAGUUCCAGGAGCUCCACAACAAACUCACCAUCAUCUUCCCCCUCUGGAAGCUGCCAAGCUUCCCAAGUAAAAUGGUCCUCGGCCGCACCCACAUCAAGGAGGUGGCUGCCAAGAGGAAGUUGGAGCUUAACAAUUACAUCCACAACCUGAUGAGGAGCUCUGCCGAAGUCAUACAGUGCGACCUGAUCUACACAUUCUUUCACCCGGCUGCGCGGGAUGACAAGACGGAAGGGUUGGAGGCGACCUCAAGAGCUCCUGACCCCCCAUUGAGUCCCACUUCGGGCCGCGUAGAAGGCGAAGUGAAACUGUCCAUCUCGUACAGGAAUAGCACACUCUUCAUCAUGGUCAUGCACAUAAGAGAUCUGGUGUCUGAAGAAGGGACGGAUCCCAAUCCAUACGUGAAGACAUACCUGCUCCCGGAUCCCCACAAGACCUCCAAGCGGAAGACAAAAAUCUCAAGGAAAACCAGAAACCCAACUUUCAACGAGAUGCUGGUGUACAGCGGCUACAGCAAGGAGACGUUGGGCCUGCGGGAGCUGCAACUCAGCGUCCUCAGCGCAGAGUCCCUGCGCGAGAACUACUGCUUGGGUGGCAUCACGCUGCGCCUCAAAGACUUUGACCUGGGCAAGGAGACAGUCAAGUGGUACAAGCUCGCUGCUGUCCCCUACUUCUAAAAAAAAAAAAAAAAAAAAAAAGCCACCGGGAUUGUUUCUGUGACAAAACAAUCGCAGCUUCCUUUUUUUUCGUCUCUCUUAACUUUAACAAUGAGCUGUAAUGUUUUGUACAUUUUGAUAUUAGAGGACCAAAACUGCUCACUUACUGAAGAGUAAAUAUAAAUAUAUAUAGAGAUAGACGUGUUUAUUUUUUAAGGGCUAGAAACAAACGGGGGCGGGGGGGUUUACACGUUCUCCUUCCUUUGGGGAGCAUCACCGUUUGCUGCUUUUACCGCAGACACUUUGAGGUAGUUUGACACACCAGAUUCCAAGUAAUGAACUACGGGAAUCUCCCAGGAAAUGUAAGGUGUUGUUAAUUUCACCACAGACACUUUUGGGGUAAUUGGACACAGAAAAUUCCAGGUAAUAAUAAUAGUACAGUUCUCCCAGAAAUUGGACUUUUGCGUAGUUUCACUCACCAGAUUCCAGGUAAUGAAUUACUGUGUAGGAUUCUUCCCGAUGUAAUGUUUGCUGUUUUUCACGCAGCACACUUUUGGUGUAGUUUGAGAGAAGGUUCGAAGUGUUAAACUACAGCAUUGUCCCUGAAAAUGUGCCAAAUUUAGCAGAAAAAGGGUGUCAAAAAUCUGACCGCUCCAACAGGUGCCUUAGCGAUGGAUCACAAUCUUUUCAUGUGGCCUUACUGUUAAAUUUAUUUUCAACAACCUCACAAGUCAGAUGUAUUCCGGAAAUGUGUUUGUCGUCGUCGGGGUUGUCGGGUGAAGAUGGGCUUCCGCUAAUUGCACACUCGCUGGUAUUAAUGGAAAAACGGCACAUUUUGCGACUCUGGGACUUCACUUCCAGUGCCUUCGCAUUCAUUUGGAAUGUUCCUGGUUGCUUCCAAUCAGCACUUUUACACACUCACACAGACAUUUAAAAAAAAAAAAAAAAAAAAGGGAACAAGGAAACUCACACUAAAAAUGUUAGUUUUCCAGCACCUUGCAAGUGUGUUCACAGAUCAUGAUGAUGAUGACCACGCAUGAAAAAGUGACACAUUUAAUAAUUAAUACCACCUUGAUUCACUCUUUUGUCUGUAUAAAAAGAGUGUUUGUGUUAACAUGGCCAGUUAUUUAUUUCUAAUUGGUGACUUGUAACUUCCCCUCUUCAACGGAUCAAUGUGUGUGGACUGUAAUCCCUCUUUCCUAAAGCAAAUUAAAUGUUUUU